GGAGCCAGUGCAGGCCAACUGUGUCCGAUGGAGGAAACGGUUCUCGUUCCCCUGCAAGAUGAGCGCCAACGCCGGGACAGGUGUACUGGACCCUUGUGUGUGUCGUGUGUCUGUCAGAAAGGAGCUGAAAGGUGGGAAGGCAUAUGCAAAGCUCGGUUUUGCAGAUCUGAAUUUAGCAGAGUUUGCCGGCUCAGGGAAUACAACCCGCAGAUGUCUGCUGGAAGGCUACGAUACCAAAAAUACCCGCCAGGAUAACUCCAUUCUCAAGGUUAUCAUCAGUACGCAGCUUAUGUCAGGGGAUCCCUGUUUUAAAACGCCGCCCUCCACAGCCACAGUCAUCGGGAUCCAGGGGGAUGUAGAGAGCGUGCUGGAGGAGAGGAGGAGAGGGGACUCGCAGAAAGGCUGUUCUGCAGAGAGUCGAGAAGGGAAGUGUCCUGUUGUUUCUGAGGAUCUUGGCGGUUGCGGCCAUUCCCGAACAUCCAGCUAUGCCAGCCAACAGUCCAAACUUUCAGGAUACAGCACAGGUCACUCCCGCUCCUCCAGCAUGUCAGAGUUCAGCCAUCGGAGAAACCACUCAGUAGGGAGCGCCUCAACAGGCAUUGGUAGCAUCCCAGAGCCCAGUGAAGACCGGGACAGAGAGUCAAGACCCUGCCCUGCUCUACCGGAACACCCAGUCCCUACAGCCACUACUAGCAACCCAGUGGGUACACCAGUACAGAGUGCCUCAUCCUGUGAACGACUCAACAGAUACCCAGUGAAGCAGGACUCCAUGGAGUCACAGAUGAAGAGAAUGGACGACACGCGAGUGGAUGCAGACGAUGUUGUGGAAAAAAUUCUUCAGAGUCAAGACUUUACACCAAGCCUACUGGACUCCAGUGCUGAAGAGGAGGGCUUGCGUCUGUUUGUUGGCCCUGGUGGAAGCACAGCCCUAGGAAGCCAUCACCUUCAUUCCAGGGUUGGAGCUGGAGCAUACGAGCAGGUGGUGAUAAAGCGUUAGACAUGCAGGCUCUAAGAGGAGGGCUCACACUGCUUUGCGAAAAAACAAACCUUGAUGUUAGGUUGUGUCAGCUUCAAUCUGCACUCCUACAGCACACACAAGUUACCUGAUCAGCACUGUGUCCUCCCUGAUCGCUCUUUGAAUGGUUGACAUUUUAACAGUGCCCUCCUGUGUUCAUGUUUGAAACUGUACUGUAGCUCUCUGAUGGGUUCUUUUUUUUUUUUUUGUUAAGAUCGGGAGGUCAUCUCAGUGCAAACAUACAGAUGUGUGUUAGGAAAAAAAAAACGAGCAAUGACCAGAUCCUUCAGAAAACAUUAACAUAAAACGCCGACAGUCUGUUUCACAUUUUCUGGGAUUAGAUUAACCUCAUUAGUUGAAGUCCAACGUUCCCACGCAGCAGCCAAAACUGUACCGAAUAAAUUGUAGAGGAACUGGGAGAAAUCGAUACUGAGGACACAGGACAUGCUGUGUGUGUGUGUGCACCAUCAGAACAAACUGAUAUCAACACUGAAGAGGAGUACGUGCUUUCAAAACAUUCCUUUUGACUCUUUUUGUGUGUUCGGAGAUCUCAAAUAGGAUUUUAUAAUUAUGAAUAGCCUAUAAGCUGCUAAAAAGCCGCAGUUGUUGGCACUCUGACAACUGUUAUUGUUUUGAUUGUGAGAAUGUUUUACUACAAAAAGGAGGCAUCAGAGUCGAGCUAUUUGAGGAUGCAGACUGUGUGUGAGUGUAGGUAAGUGUCUUUUAUGUGUUGACCACUGUUAGCAGUUAUCCUGUUGUCGUGGAUGAGCGGGAGGAUGUGACACAAUGUCUUUCGUAGCGGAUGUUAUAUUGGUACUUGCAAAAAAAAAAGAAAAUGUGAUAACAGACGUUCUUGUUUGCAUCUGAAUGGCACACUGCUAAGUGUUGUUUAGGAGAAUCCUCCACAGAGAGGGGGAUUAACACCACAAUUGUUGAAGACCAAGUGAAGACAUUUUUUGAUACUUUCCUCACCAUAUUAUCACCAAAACUGUAGAAAAGUGUAAAGCAGUUAAAACUGGCUUUGAAAAUGUCACUUUCUACAAAUAGGGAGCGUAAUGAAUCUAAAUCCCAGUGACUAGGUUUUGGUUUUGUAGUGCUCACCAUGUUGCUGUAACAACACAUCAGUUCAGGUUGCGUUUACUGCACUCUGUCACGGAGAGACAGCCAACGAGACAGCUCAAAUAAAUGUAAUGCCUUGUAAAUUAUCAGAUUGAUUUCAGUAUUUUAAUAAGAGAUGUACAGACUAAUGCCCAGCUAAACAGAUCCAUUCUAUACCUGUAAUCGAAAGCUUACUAAAUAAAUGUUAUUUUCUUAAACAGAUUUAAAAGGACAAGAAAACUGAAAUAUAGGUAAAUACUGUGACUUCCCCCCCAAUAUUCCACAAAUAUUAUCCAAACACACAGGCAGUCUAGUUUUUUUUAGGUGAUGUUUCCUUCUUUUUUUUUAAAAAGAAAAUGUAAAUCCUACAUCAACGAUGUUAUGUGUUUAAUAUUCAGCCGAAAUUUUAAAAUAUGAAGGUUUUACGUGUCUGUUACGCAGUCUGCCUUUUUUCUGGAAUUUACUGCUCUUGUAAGUGAAUGCUCUCUGGCUUUGUAGGUCAGUAAAAACCAAAUGUAAAGGGGCUUCUGUGAUUAAUAUCAAGGUAGAAGGGCAUAUAUCCAAUGCCUGGCAUUUAAGCUAUGUAUCUAUUGUAUACCUAUGCUUUGCAACUCAACUACAUCAUUGGAAGAAGGCCUGUUGAUCAGGAAGCUUCAAUCAGCAAACAAAUGGAAGAUGCUGUGAUAUAUCAACAAUUUCAUAAACGUGCAACUGAUACAUACUGUAGUUUGUAUCGCUCUAGGAUUGUUAAAUGAAGGACUUAAUAGGUGAUUCACUGCCAUGUAGAAAAUGCUCAACAGCACCUGUCUUAAAAAGCUGCAGAGUAUUAGAUUUCUUUGUGUAUGUAUAUCUCCCUCCAGCUUAUAAACUGCUAGACUAAACAACAGUCUAAUAACAAAUCUAUUAUCCAACGCAAUCAGUAUCGAAUCAAUUAGAGCUGCAGAUAGAAGUCCGACUUCCUAAUAUACAUCUGAAAUCCUGAUAGUGUCAUGCAUGUUGAGGAUUUGAAUUUGUAGCCUCAGAAGAUUAACUGCACAAUAAACUCAUUAAAUAUCAAACUAGCCAAAGUACACAACAAACGAUUCACCAGGGACCCUGUCAGGCCUAUGCAUAGGGAGUAAAUACACAUUAUAACUAGUGAAAACAGACUGUAUAGUAUCUAUAAUCUUCUGUCUCCUGUCAUAAGCCAUAGUCGAAGUAUGAUACUUCCUUCCUUAGAUUAUAUACAUGUGGAAUCAAUAUCUGCACAAAUGUCAUUGUAUGGUAUUGAACUAUGUCAGUGUUCUCUGUUUCUGUGUCCCUCUGUUCUGCAUGAUGAAGAUGUCCUUUUGUUAGCUUGCAGAACUUGACACAUCUUCAUGUUUUACCUAAUUUAAUAUUGUGCCAUCUUUUAAUCUGAAUAUUUCCACACUGAAGGAAGAUUUUCACUUGCCUAAUUAGCAGGUAUAACAUCUGUUUUGUUAUUGAUACGUCCUGUUAAAGCAGAAAUCUGCAAAGUAUUUGCUGUGACUGUAAGUCAGUGUUCUCAUUUGAUUAUUUUGUAUUUCCGGCAUGGUUUGAAUUUUCAAAUGAUGAAAGUAACAUCUGAAGGAUAUCAUCGUCUGUGUUUUGGAAUCUUUCAUUGCUGAUAUUGUGCCAUAUGUUUUCUAAAUAAUUCAUUCUUUAAGGGAGAGAAAAAAAGUCUUCUCCCUGCAUAGUAAAAAAGUGUUUAGUGUAUGAUUUAUGGCUAUCCAAUAACAACUAUUGUCUGUUUUUCUUGUGUGUUUUUGGAUCAAAAUCACUUGUUUCACCUGUGGGGAACAGGUGUGUUCAUCUUGGUACCUAACAUGUUGUUACAAACAUGGUUUCUUCUUCUCUUCUGUGAAGCUGUUGUCUAUAUAAAACUGUCAAACGUAUUCUCCGGUGAAGUGAUGUUCUGCGCUGUUCUGACACCGUUCAGUGUUUCCUGUUAAAGGCUUGUUUUUUGACCAACAUCUGCUUCCUUAACAAGAGUACUGGAUGCUUCAAAUGUGUACCUUGCACUGUUGAAUUAAACGGUUAAAAAAUCUGGA